ACCGGGGGCCGGGUUUGGGGGGGUGGUCUCGAGGGUCCGCCGUUGGUCCUCAUUUCCAGUGGAUCAGGAGGAGCCGCUCGGGUUGCUAAACUCCUGAAGAAUCAUGCCUCUUCCAGAUACUAUGUUCUGCGCCCAGCAGAUUCAUAUACCCCCAGAACUUCCAGAUAUCUUGAAACAGUUCACCAAAGCUGCCAUUAGAACUCAGCCAACCGAUGUGUUACAGUGGUCUGCAGGGUAUUUUUCAGCUUUGUCAAGAGGGGAUCCCCUUCCUGUGAAGGAGAGAGUUGAACUGCCAGUGGCUACCCAAAAAACAGAUACAGGAUUGACAAGAGGACUCCUUAAAGUUUUACACAAGCAGCUUGCUCACAAAGGCACUGUGGAUUUAAAAGAACUUCAGGAUAAAUGGAAAACUCUGUGCUUGCCAGUCGAAACACUGAAAUUCAUUCUCAAAAUGGAUCCUGUUGAAGACGCAGUAGAAUGGAUGAAAUUUUUUUCACUUGGCUGUAGUGCAUUGGGUGGGACAUUACAAAGUGCAAUGAAGCAUGGUUGUGAAAUCCUUACAGAAGAUCCUGAAGGCGGACCUGCUCGCAUCCCCUUUGAGACUUUCUCUUACAUCUUCAGUUAUCUCUCAAGCUUAGAUCAAGAUAGAACUGAGAGUGAUACUAACUUGUUUCUUAAUCAUCUUGAAGAAACAGUAGUUGCUAGGAAAAAUGGCAUGAUAGGAGUUUCAGAUUUCUUCAUAGAAGACAAGAAGAAAUUUCAUCCAGUUUAAGAAGAAAAUUGGGGAAAUUUUCUCAGAAAACAUAUGGCACUAGUUCAGAGAAGAAAGUGCUUUUAAGAAUCAAAUAGUGCUUUAUAAAAGCUUAGCACGAAAUACAGCUUUGCAUUAACCAACAUACCAUGUGCACUGUGAUUUCUUUUUUAAGGAAAUAAAGCUGGUGGUAUCACCUUUGA